UUUUCAAAACUCAAAAUCAUACAUCAAAACUUGAAUGAAGCAAACACCUCAUGUAGCAUUCCUGCUAUCCCCAGGAAUGGGUCAUAUGAUUCCAAUGCUGGAGUUAGCCAAAAAAUUCACCCACCAAAAUAUUUCAUCAACCCUAAUAGUUCCGGAUUCCGGGCUCCACCCGGACGAGGAAAAGCUAUUUCUGGAAUCACUUCCAAAAGGAAUCAUCAACCUAAUCCACCUCCCAAAACCUAAAUUGGACGACGUCCAAACCGAUCCAAUCGGCGUCAUAAUCUUCACCAUCGCUCGAUCUCUACCAUCCAUUCGCGACGCAAUCCGAUCACUAGUUGCCACCACCAACUUAGUUGCCCUAGUGACUGACUUGAUGGGCUCCGCCGCGUUCGACGUCGCCAGAGAAUUAGACGUCCUUCCUUACAUGUUCUUCCCAUCUAACGCCACAGUUUUAUCUCUAUAUUUAUAUCUUCCCGAACUCGAUCCAAACAUCUCCUGCGCAUACAAAGACCUUGCCGGUCCGGUUCAGAUUCCGGGAUGUAUGCCAUUACGGGCCGAUGAUCUUUUCGAGGCGUUUAAAGACCGAGAUAGCUUUGCCUAUAAAUGGAUUAUUAGUGAAGGAAGAGCUUACAGAACGGCCGCCGGAGUUCUCGUCAACACGUUUGAUGAGAUGGAGAGCGGAGCUAUCAAAGCCUUACAACAAAACGAGCAUUACCCCCCGCUCAAGAUAGCCAUCAGGAUUCAAACAAAAAUUAGAAAUUGCAAAAAUGCCGGAAAUGAUGAAGAUGGAGAAGAAGGAUUGAUCGGAAGGAAUGAGAUUGCUGGUGUUGUGGAGAGCUUGAUGGAAGGUGAACCAGGUAAAGAGCUCAGAAAACGAGCUCGAGGCUUAAUGCAGGCUGCAAAAUUGGCGGUCAAUCCAGGUGGUCAAUCUGCGAAAUCGCUGCUUGACUUUGUUUUGCAUCUGGACAGAAACUAA